AUGCCCUAUCCCACUCCCAUUACCCACGAACUCAACCUUCUCUUUGAACGGCCGAAGCCAGCGCAAUCAAGUCCGGCCUUCACUAUCUGCGCGUCUCCCGCCAGCUCCACUAGCACACUUGCCCUUGAUGAGGACGAUGCUCAACAAAAGCUCGAACCAGAUUUCAACCCUCGUGCCGAGCCAUUUGUCCCAAAAUUCUUUUCAAGUGUUCCUCCUCGACAGGUCGCCGUCACCAAACCCCCUCCUCGUCGAUCACCCGUCUGGUUAGAUGCAUUUACCAAAGGGACUCAGGCGGCAUCCACUGCUUUGCAGAAGGAAUACGCGACCUUGCUUAUCACCACUCAGUCAAACUGGCCUAUCGAGACCAUGGCUGAGCUCGCACAAAAUUUCUGUUGGCGCGGAGGAGAGGGCAGCACUGAGGAGGUUGCAAACUUUGCGUUUAUGGUGUACCGCCAAUUCUUCCAUACUUUCGGCGAACAAAUAUCGCAGUCUUUUGUUUGGCAUUUGCGCGAAUGUGUCGUCGGUGCUUUCUUAGUGACCUGGGAUCCAGACUCACCCACAUCCAUCACCUAUCGCAAUGCACCCUCCUUCAACUAUGUCGCUUCAGCUAUCUCUCAAGCCGCCUUCAUGGGCCAACUUUUCAAGCUGGAUUUAGUCCCAGGUCCACACACAGCAACCUGUGUCAUCACUGUGAUCAAAGGGCUCAAUUCGUAUGAACAUAUUGAGGCUCUACAAGCGAUCCUCAAGAAUGCUGGCCCAGCUUUUUGGCAUGGAACAACUCCAGGCCAGGGCAAUAACGCCCUGCACAAGUUUGUGGCCACCUUUUUGGAAGCGGUUGCCCCGCUGCGUGCCAAUAUGAGUGUGUUGGGUCGCUCUCUCAAGGCAACGGAGAUGCGAGACAUCAUCGUUCAAGUCGAGCAGUUGUGUUCUGACUGGGUUGUGUAA